AUCUUCAAAAAUGACACUCUUAUCAAACUUACUCCAUAAAAGAACCCAACCACUUCAACUCUUUAAACUCCUUCAAACCCAGCAUCCAAACCCACUAUCAUUUCUACAAAUCAGAACAGCAACAAAAAGAGCAGGAGGUUCAACAAAAAACAACAGAUCUUCAGCCGGAAGAAGACUAGGUGUCAAAAUCUUUGGUGGUCAAUAUGUAAACCAAGGAGAAAUCAUUAUACGUCAAAGAGGUCAAAGAUUUCAUCCAGGUGAAAAUGUUUGUAUAAGUAAAGAUCAUAGUUUACAUGCCCAACGAUCAGGAUACGUUAAGUUUUAUGAAGACCCUCGAGGGGAUUCCAUUGGGUAUAGAGCUUUAAGUUUAAGACAUCAAGCUCAACGAAAGUUUGUGGGUGUAGUACAAGAUCGUGAUCAAACGCUUCCUAGAGAUUUGAAAAGUGAAGGUAGGGCUAGACAUUUUGGGUUGGUGGAUUUGAAUUCACAUUUCAAACAAAUCGAAUUAGAUAGUGCAAAUAACUUUAAGAUUUCGAAAUCCGAUUUAAUUUUAAAACAAACCGUUUGAAGAAAUAAACUAAUUUAGGAAGAUCUGAUUUGAUGGAUACCAGUUGUACAAGAUGGAGAGAAAAUAGAGAAAAAGAUACAUUGAUUUAUGAAGAUAAGAUAAAAAGGAAUCUUCAAGAAACUAAAUUUGAUUGUCCAACUUACAAAACCAAACUCGUAAUAAAAUCAUCAUCAUAUGUAUUCCCAAAACUCUUACAGAAAAAAGUCAAUCAAUUCAAAGUACAUACCAAGCCAAAAAAAACAGAUACCCAAGAGAAAGAAAACCAAACCAAAAGAAAAAGGUAAUAAGAUGAUCAGAUUGAUUUAUUCAUUCAUUCAUAAGCCUCUUCACACCAUCUUUGCCAUUUCAAGAUCAAUUUCUUAAUAAACCGAUCAUAACUUCCUUGAUCAAAAACAAACAAUUCCAAAUGAACAUGACCACAAUCGCCACACUUUCCAUUCUCCAACUGAGACAUCUGAUUCGAUAACCGAUUCCUUUGACUAGAUUGUAAAUCCGACCAAGCAUUAAGUUCCAUCAAACAAAGUCUUUCCCAACGAUGAUGAAAGCUAAGUCCGAUCGGUUUAACUUUCUCAAACCCAGGUUGAUAAGAAUUAAUGGCUUCUUGACGAUGAUCAAGUAAGGGAAAGACGUCUCUUAGGAUAGGUUGUUUAGAUGGACAUUGGGUUUUCCAUUGAGUUAAUCUUCGAAUAGGUUGGAUCGAUCUUCCUACUUUGAUCAGAGUGGUAGGGUAGGAUGUUGAUGAACUUCGAGUCGGGAUCAUCUCGUGACAGUAUAGGUAUCCUUUUUGGGCUCGGUCUUGAGCACUGAUCGGUUUGAUCAUUUCGUUUCUUAAGAUCAUUUUCGUUUGGUUGGGUAAUUCAUCUGACAUCCAAUCUUCAAAUCGGAUCCAUUUCCCAUUGAAAAGAAAUGUACCGAGUUGGUUUAGAUUCAGUUUAUAAUGUUGAAAACAAAACUUAGGUAAACUGAUCGGAUCUUGAUCUUGAUUUGAUUCUAAUAAGCUUUCUAAUUGAUUCAAAGCUUGAUGAGUCAAAGUAGUAGAGCUCAUAGGAGAUGAUGUCGAAGUAGUUGAUGGUUUAGAUGGAGUGCUGGGUUGUUUCAUAGGUUUACGUGAACAUGGUUUUCCUUCUCUUGUUGUUCCUUGACAUCUUUCAUUUGGAUCUGGAUCUGAUGGACUGUUUGGGAUGGGUGUUCGAUUGGGUUUUGGGGUUCGAUUGGGUGUUGAGUUUGGUGUGAGAUUGAUGGUUUCUGUUGGAUUAGGUUUCUGUUUGGUUGGAGUUUCUUGAUUUGGUUUUGAGUUUGAGUUUCCUGUUUGAUAUGGAUUGCUUGGCUUGGUGAUCGAUAUCGGUGGCUUUGUUAUCGGUGUAACUGGCUUUGUGAUUGGUGUAACUGGCUUUGUGAUUGGUGUGACUGGCUUUGUGAUUGGUGCGUUUGGCUUUGUGAUAGAUUGAUUUGGUUUGAUUAGAAUUGGUCUUUUUUCAUGAGAAUGAUGAUGAUGAUGAUGAUGAUGAUUUGAUGAAUUCCAAGUUUUUGAUUUUGGUUUUCUUCUUUGAUGAUUAUCUAAAUUGUUUGUUGUUGUUGUAUUAUUUGUAGUGAAUAGUUUUAAUUUAUUUUUAAAAUGUUCUAUAAAUGAUCCAAAGCUGAUUUCUGAUUUGAUUUGUUCUUCUUGUUUUUCUUUUUGAUUUGAUAAUGAUUUGAUGUGUUGAUUCUGAUGAGUGUUUUCCAUGGAUUCUACCUAUCUAUCUAUAUAGAACAGUCAAGAAGUGAAAAGUAAACAGUGAAAGGUAAAACAGUGAACAGUGAAAAAG